AUGGGAGAGAAGAGGGGCUCUCUAUAUGAAGAUAGAGUGAGAGAGCCUACGAGGUACUUUCAUGGGGACACAAGAGAGAAAGAGAGGGAGAUAAACGAGUGCGGAUAUAUCAACAUGCUACUUAGAGAUCACAUUGAUAUUCUCCCAAUGGUAUUACACGCAACCCUUAUUAAAAUGGGGAUCUAUAAAAUACAUCUCUUAGAGGAAUAUAAGUGA